CACUAGAGUUCUCCCCUGUAUUGGUCCCUAUCCACUCCACCUCCACUACGGCACUGUUUACCUCCAGCGCUGUGCUACUUAACUGGGGCCAGCCUGGAACACAGACAGCCCCAUCUCUUGUCUAUAACCUGCCGCAAAAUACUAAUGUAAGGAGCUCCGACUUGGACCCUCCGCAGCGCCGUGUGUUGGUGCCACUGUGCCCGAGUUGAGAUGAAUAAAGAAAUCAUGUCUCGUGUGGUGAAGAGGCGGCAGGCGGACCCCAAAGUGGUCCAGUACGUGUGGGCCGCCAUCGAGGUCAUCCGCAACCAGAAGCAGAUCGCAAACAUGGAUCGCAUCUCCAAGUAUUUGAGUCGUGUGUUUGGGAUGCACCCAAAGGAGACUGCCCGUCAGCUCAGCCUGGCGGUGAAGGACGGGCUGGUGGUGGAGACCCUCACUGUGGGCUGCAAGGGCUCCAAGGCGGGCAUCGAACAAGAGGGGUACUGGCUGCCCGGGGACGAGAUGGACCCGAAAGCAGAGGGCAGUCAGGACUGGGAGACAGAGAGCCAUGACUGGUACUGCUUUGAGUGCCACCUGCCUGGAGAUGUGCUGAGCUGUGAUAACUGCUUCAGAGUUUACCACCUCAAGUGUCUGUCAGACGAGUGCAGGCCCCGUGACCCAGGAUCGCACUGGCAGUGUACUAUCUGCAGGGGAAGUAAAAAGAAGAAUCUGAACAAACAGGAGAUGUGCAAAUACCUUCGUUUUAUCGUCCAGCGCAUGAAAGAGAGGGCGGUGGACCUACACAAGAAAGGCAAAGACACCAAACAUCCCAUGUACAGAAGACUUAUCCACACUCCCCUGGACGUGGCCAAUAUUCAAGAGAACCUGUCAGAGGGCAAGUACAAAAAUUUUGAAGAGUUCAAAGCCGACGCUCAGCUCAUCGUUCAUAACACGGCCAUUUUGUACGGCGUUCACAGUGACCAGGCAGAAAUCGCACGGUUGCUCUACAGUGACACAUGUCAUGAGCUGAAUGAGUUGUUAUUGUGUAAAAACUGCUUCUACCUUUCAAACGCACGGCCUGAUAACUGGUUCUGUUACCCAUGUAGUCCCAGUCACGACCUGGUGUGGGCCAAAAUGAAAGGCUUUGGAUACUGGCCGGCUAAAGUGCUGCAGCGAGAGGACAACCAGGCAGACGUGCGCUUCUUUGGGCACCAGCACCAGAGAGCAUGGAUCCCGUCAGACAACAUCCAGGACAUCAAAGUGAGCGUGCAGCAGCUGCAGGUGAAGCGCAGUAACGGCUGGAAGAAGGCCUGUGAGGAGCUGGAGGUCUACCAGCGGUUCCUCCGCGAGGGACGCCUCUGGAAGACCAAGAUGGAUGAGGCAGGAGGCCAGCAGCCCAGUGCCCGCUCCCAACAGCAGCCAGAGGAGAGGGGGGGCAGGACUCAACAGCCAGAGGAGAGGGGGGGCCGGACUCAACAGCCAGAGGAGGAGAGGGGGGGCAGGAGACAACAGCCAGAGGAGGAGAGGGGGGGCAGGAGACAACAGCCAGAGGAGGAGAGGGGGGGCAGGAGACAACAGCCAGAGGAGGAGAGGGGGGGCCGGACAGAGGACGCAGAGUCCAGUAUCUCCUCCACUAGCAACGAGCAGGUCCGUCAUCUCAAAAGCAGCCACGAGCCUAAAGCCAAGAAAAGUCGUCGAACUCAGUCUGCUGAACCCAAAGAAGAAUCCAGUGACCCAGAGCCAGAGAUGGAGGCGGUGAGCUCGAGUCAGGAGGUCCCGGUCUCCUGUGGCUCUCAACAGCCGGAGAAGCUGUCCGUGUCGACUCAAACCAAGAAGGCAAACGCCAACUCCCCCCGCACGCUGCACCGCUCCACCCAGACCAGCAGCGACGGAGCCUGUCAGAACAUGUGCCACGAGAAGUACACCAAAGUCUUCAACGACGUCAAGGAAAUGAUGAAGGCUGACAACAAGAGGGAGACUGAGAGGGUGGUCCGGGAAGCUCUCGAGAAGCUGCGAGCGGAGAUGGAGGAGGAGAAGCGUCAGGCGGUGAGUAAAGCUCUGAGCGGGGCCCAGGCCGAGAUGGACAGAAAGUGUAAACAGGUGAAAGAGAAAUGCAAAGAAGAACUGGUGGAGGAGGUCAAGAAACUGGUGUCACAGCACAAACAGCUCAUCUCCCAGACCAAGAAGAAGCAGUGGUGCUAUAACUGUGAGGAGGAGGCCAUGUACCACUGCUGCUGGAACACGUCCUACUGCUCCAUCAAGUGUCAGCAGGAGCACUGGCACGCUGACCACAAACGCACCUGCCGCCGGAAGAGAUGAGCAAGACCCACCCUCAGCCCCGCCCCUGACACGCCCCCAACCCACAAGACCCGCUCCCCAAAACACAACGCAGCACACCAUUGGUCGCUUCCCUCUGAGAGCUCUGUCAUUCACGCCUCCUCAUGUCCUGGAAAAAACUGUCUGGACCCCACACGUUUUGCUUACGAAGAGCUUUUUUUGUUGUUCCUUUUUCAUAUUUAAUAUAACCUUUGUUUUGUUUAAAGUUUCUAUAUUUGCUGAACAUUUUGCUCGAAAAGCGAAUGCAGAGGAAGCUUUUGUUGUACGGAAAGAUUGUGGGAGAAUUGUGUUUAUUUAAGCGUGCCGUAACAGACGAGCAUUACGUGAAUCCGUUUUAUUAUAUGUGAAUUUUUAAAAAUCACCUUUUCUUACUGUAAAUGCUACACGGUUCAUCUUAAAACCUUAGCACUAUCUAGCAUUCGACUAGCUUUGCUUUCUUAAAAAUUCUGAAAAAUUCAAAAAGAUGUAAUGAAAUAUGUAAUUUACUGACGUUUACCCCUUUUGGUCAGAAGCACCUUUUAUUGUUCUACCUAAAAUUAAAGUCGCUUAUUUCUAGGCCUGUCACGAUAACUAACUUGAAAUGUGAUAUAUUUCUGAUUUAAUACAAUAAACAAUAAUAUUUACUAAUUUAUACCACUGCUACAAAAACCCAAAAGCAGAUUUAUCUUCUAAAUUGACAAUAUUGUUAAAAUAAACUGCAGUAAAUAAAGAGCAGAAUGAGAUACUUCAGUACUUAGUUUGCAUCUGUAAUGAGUCAUGACAAAAACUACCCAAAAAUGUCUCAGUAGUGCAAAGAAAAUAUUACACGAUAAAUAUUGAACCCAAAUAUAUUUCCAGCUUUUAUGUAUGAUGAAACUAUGAGUUGUUGUAGUAAUUAUGGUGACAGGCCUUCGUAUUGGGAACAGGGUUACAAAGUCGGUUUCAAAAGACACUGACGAAACGAAUCUUCCACAUGCUAGGACUCCAACAAAUAAUCAUUUAUGCACAUUUUAAACACAAUGGAAUCAUUUUCUGAAUUUGGUAAAACUUUAGGAAUUUUUGUAAAAAUUUUAAUGGGUCAUGAGGUUGUUUUUUUUUGUUUAUUAUAAUUAUGAAAUAAAUUUUUUAAUAUUUUAAAUUUAUACACUGUAAAUUUUGGGCGUAAAGGUGCACUGUGUAACUUUUGUAGUGGAGUAUGUUUCCAUGGAGAUGGUAUUGUGUUGCAAUAUCCCAGUAUGGCAUUAAAUGUGUCUGCAUUUGCUCAGUAACAUGGAUUUUUACUGAAAAACUUCUGUGCCUGGGCUCGCUUCUCCACAGAUCUGACAUGUAACUUGACCCUGUGGUGUCACUUGUCGUCUCUGUGGGGAUAAAUAAAGUGUAAUGCCAUACUGUGACAGGUGACAUACCUUUCAUUAGAAAAGUUACACUGUGAACCUUUAAAUGAAUCAAUUAUUUUGUCUUGAUUUUCCACCUUAAGUGUCCACCAAAUUUAAAGCUGCAUUGUGCAACUUUUCUGGUGGAGGGUCUGUCAGGUUUUCUCCAUGGAGGUGUUAUUGCUUUUUCUGAAAUGUUUCACAGUAUGGCAUUAAACCUUUUUAUCUUCAUGCAGACCAAACUAGGCAGAGUUCCAGGUCAGGUCUGUGGAGAGGCGACUCCGCUCACAGUUAAAACGCCUGUUUUUCUUUGUAUUUUUGAGCUCUAAAACCGCCUGUAAUUGAAUAGAUGUAAAGUAGGGCUGUUUAAUGUCACACUGUGGAACAUUUCAGGCAGAGCAAUGACAGAUCCAUAGAAACAAGAAGAUGACGGACCCCCAACCGAAAGUUCAGUAGUGCAGCUUUAACUAGACUGUCAACAAAGUCGAUUAACUCUUUUGUUCUUCUUUAGAGCAGUGAAAGAAACUACCUUAACAUAUUUUUGAACUUUUUUGGACUUGUUUAGUUUGUUUUUUUUCUACUGUCUGAUCCUUUCUUCCGCUCUCCUGAGGUGCAAAAAACUGUGUAUAUUUUCCAAGCGUCUCGUGUCACUUUUCUAUAGUGCUGUUUCUCCGAUGAGGUGAGUUGCUAUGAUGACUUUUUCACUGCUAAUGCUGUUGUUAAUGGUCAGUGACUGUCUUUUACUUUCUCCUUCACCACCGUGUUAAAUGCAUGUCCAAAAUUCUCACAUUUUUAAUUCACUUUAUAAUAAAAUAAAAUAAAAAACACGUGAAAAAUGACGGAUGGACCAGUAUAAAACUUGAUGCAAAUGUAAAAAUCAAAAUGUGAAAUAUGGACCUCUUUUUCUAGCUUAAAAGGUCAGAUUUGAAGAUUUUCAUUGCAAAGUUUUUCUCAGUUAUGAAGUUGAUGACUGAACAGAGGAAAUGUCUCACGUUUUUGUUGCAUUCUGUCGUUUUGAAAAAAUAAUGAUCGUAUAAUCUUGAAUAGAACACUGAUUAUUUCCUCUUUUGAUAGUCUCAUUACACUAAUUAUUGACAGUUUUUGAAAAUGUAUUAUAAAAAAAGUUUAAAGUGCAUAUGACAGGUUAGUGUUUUAAAAAUGCAUUUUUUAAGUUAUUUUUUUAAUUCUGUUGAAGUUUAUGAUUUUACCUCCUGGACAUACAGCAUUUACGACAUGCAGAGGGUUAGUUCCGGUCUGUUACCGAGCAACCAAAAUGUCAACAAGGGCCAAAACCUACACUAGUCUAAAUAACACAAUAUUACAGUUAGGAUUAGACUAAUAAUAGAAAUAAAAAAUUUAAAUUAUAUCUGCAUUUUCAAUAGAAUUUUCAGUUUUAGAACUCAACGCUGCUUCUUGUAUUUUUGUAAUUUACUUUUCCACUUUUUUCAACUUUUAAAGAUGCAUUGCGUAACAUUUCUAGUGGAGAGCCCACCUGCAAAUGUUAUUACUUUGUCGAGAAUGUCCCACAGUAUAGAUUAAACCCAUCUAUCAUGAGUCAGAUCUGUGGAGAGUCGCCACAAUUCACAGAAAGAUUUCAUGUAUUUUUGAGAAAUAGAAACACUUGUAAUAAAUAACUGCGAUGGAAACGUUUAAUGUCAUACCACGGAACAUUCCUGGCAACGCAAUAAUAUCUCCAUGGAAACCCUCCACCAGAAAAGUUACUUUUUACUGGUGAUGAUAAAUAUUUACUACAGGUACGAUUCCACCAACGCAAGGACAAAACGUGAAAACUUGUCAUAUGCAUUUUAACAAAAUAAACAAUACAGAACAUAUUAUCAUUGAAAACUACGCCACCAUUUGUUGUUUUUUUUUGCUUUUAUUUUCUAAAACACCAAAUUUCUGUUAACACAUGUUCUCCUCUGACAUAUUAUUGAUCUUUAUCUUUGUUUUCACUGUUGCACUAAAUGUAAAUACUCAUUCUUUUCUCAAUAUUUUCAGACAUUUUACGUGAUGGUUGGUUCUCAUUUUGUACAAAGUUGAUUCUGUAAAUAUUAUCAGCUUGGUCUCUGAGUCACUUUCUACAUUUGUUUUACUUCCAGGUUACAAAUCUGCUCUAUGUAAUUUAUUAUUUAUCAUAACUAAUAUUAUGUUUUGAGUCGCUUCUGUCAAGAAAAUGAGAAAUUUCACAGCCAAAUCAUUUCAAUAUUGUUUUUUUGUCUAUUCAUUUUUACCUCAAGUACCUCAAGUGUCCACAGUGUAAAGCCGCCCAUGCCAAGUAUCAGUUCUUAAAGUUUUGUGCAAAAUUGACUUUUAUUUCGAGCUUUUAAUCGCAUUAGAGUUGCUUCUGUUCUCAGUUCCUCUCUCGGAGUUGUAUUUAGAGUGAUUCAUGUAUGUUUGAAUUUUAUUCUCCUGUACUCUUUACUUACUUUCUUCUACAAUUAUUAUUUUUUUAAUUGGUGAUAUGUGUUAAAAAAAAAAAAAUCCCACUCCUUGCUCGCGUAAUGUGCAGCUAUCCAUGUUUUUGUUGUCGUUUGUCUUGUUGGGAAUCGGCUCCCAAUGGGCUCCGCAAUUUUUCCAGCCCAGAAGUGUAAAAUAAUGUCAAAUAAAUAUUGGGAUUGAACAAAGAUCCACAGGUGUCAUAGGCAUAAGCACAAUAUAUGUUCUUUAAAGCUAAUAUCAUCUUAUCUCUCUCCAAUGCCGUUUACAACAAGAUUCAUUCACUCAGUUUCUAGUACAUUCUGUUGUUUUUCUCUCCUUGUGACUCAGAGGCCAUGGUAUAUUUUUUUAUAUUUGUCCAUCCAGUCUUUACCGUGUCCCAAUACUUUGCGCUGUAAUAACUGCAUGUCAAAAACUCUGUGAAUCUCCCUUCUUUCUAACUUGUAAAAACUCCAGAAAAUGCAAAAUGACAAUGAUUUUUUUUACGCCCCAAAUAAAAAAAAUGCGCUUUUCCAGAAAUUUGACAAAGAAUUGUAUGAGGAAAAAUCCCACAGAUCUGAACUCUUGGGCCACGUUUUGUUCUGUCCAUAUGUAAAUGGUUUAUUGUGGCUUAACAUUUUCUACGCUCCUCACAUUUUUGAUGCUUUAGCUAGCAAUAUGUAUAUAAUAUAUUAUAUGUGCUAACAUGGAGGAAAUAAAUGUACCCAUGAUCAGAAA